CUAAUCUCAAAUAAUCCAAACCCAAACUUUACAAAAGUUUUAAAAGACAAAAAAAUAUCAAGAAAAAUAGGAGAAUUUGAUGGGUAAGUAGACAAAGUCAAAUACCCAUUUUCAACCAUGAAAACAAAAUUAAUCAAAAAUAAUUUAAGCCUCUCCAUCCCUACUAUUUAGCGACAGUCUUAACUGCAUUUCAAACUGGUUAAACUAAAAAAACAAAAAAUCAAAUAACAAACAAUGGAUGAAGAUAACCAAGAAGAAUUAAACACAAAAAACACCAAAAAAAUGGCAAAAAUGAGAAGAAAAGAGUUAGGAAUAUCAUGCAUGCUCAACACCGAAGUAGGUGCGGUCCUAGCCGUGAUUCGUCGUCCUCAAGAUUCCGGUUCCAAUUUUAUGCCACCACCCGAAGAACAAACCGAGGCAACCUUAGCACAAUCUCUAAAAUCGUUACGAGGUUUGAUUUUCAAUCCUCAUCAAGAAUGGAGAAUGGUGGAUCCUUUAAUGUACUUGUCCCCGUUUCUCGACGUGGUUCAUAGCGAAGAUGUGCCCGCUACUGCGACUAGCGUUGGCCUUUCGUCGAUUCUUAAGAUUCUUAAACAAGGUGUUUUUGAUGAUAAAACUCUUGGAGCUAAAGAAGCUAUGGAUGUUAUUGUUGCUGCCAUUACUAGUUGUAGACUUGAGAGGACUGAUCCUGUUUCUGAAGAUGCUGUUUUGAUGAAGAUUUUGCAGGUGAUGAAUGCGAUAAUGAAGCAUCCCGCAUCAAUUCUACUAACCGAUCAAGCGGUUUGCACCAUUGUGAACACUUGUUUCCAAGUGGUCCAACAAUCGGCUAGCCGGAGUGACCUAUUACAAAGAACAGCCCGUUACGCCAUGCACGAUCUAGUUCAAACCAUAUUCGCCCGCCUUCCCGAAGUCGAAGGAGAAUCCGACAAUUCAGAAUCCGAAACCGAAGAAGACAUGGUCUCAUCCGAUACCGGUUAUGGAAUUCGUUCCGCAGCCGACAUCUUCCAUUUCCUUUGCUCCUUAAUGAACGUAAUGGUAUCGAACGAAUCUGAUGGGGGCGGUUCACAAGUCCAACAAACUGCUGACGAAGAUGUGCAGCUCUUUGCGCUAGUCCUGAUCAAUUCCGCGAUGGAAUUGGGCGGAGACAGCAUUGGUAGGCACCCGAAACUAUUGAGAAUGAUCCAAGACGAUUUGUUUCAUCACAUGAUUCAUUACGGGUCGUGUUGUAGCCCGUUAGUAUUCUCCAUGAUUUGCAGCUCUGUUCUCAACAUAUACCAUUUUCUCCGGAAAUCAAUCAGGUUGCAACUAGAAUCGUUUUUCUCGUUGGUGCUGUUUAAGGUCAUGAACCUCGGAAACCUAUUUCAGCUUCAAGAGCUUGCGGUCGAAGGAAUCAUAAACUUCUGUCGACAGCCCAUGUUCAUCCUCGAAGCGUAUGUGAACUACGACUGCGAUCCCACAUGUCGAAACGUGUUCGAGGACAUUGGGAAGUUACUAUGUAAAUACGCCUUCCCAACCGGGGGCGCCUUAACGACUCUACAAAUUCAAGCGUUCGAAGGUCUUGUGGUGAUAAUACACAACAUCGCGGAUAAUAUUGAUAAACAAGAGGACUCGAGCCCGUUUGGUCCGUACCCAGUUGAGUUAACCGAGUACAGACCAUUUUGGGAAGAGAAACGUAAAGAUAGUGUCGAUCUUGAGACGUGGGUGGAUCAUGUUAGAGUACGAAAAGCGCAAAAAAGGAAGAUUUUGAUCGCGGCUAACCAUUUCAAUAGAGACGAAAAAAAAGGUUUGGAAUAUUUGAAGUUGUCGAGGUUGAUAUCGAAUCCACCCGACCCGAAAGGGUACGCGUAUUUCUUUCGGUACACUCUCGGGCUCGACAAAACCAUGCUCGGUGAAUACCUCGGGGAUCCGGACGAUUUUCACCUUCAAGUCCUCCGAGAAUUCACGAGCACAUUUGGAUUCGCGGGUAUGGUUCUCGACAUAGCUUUGCGUUCGUAUUUGGAGACUUUUCGUCUCCCGGGAGAAUCACAGAAGAUUCAAAGAAUUCUCGAGGCUUUCGCCGAUAAAUACUUCGAACAACAAUCUUCCGAACUCUUUGCAAACAAAGACACAUUGUUAAUCCUUUGUUACUCACUUAUCAUGCUCAAUACCGACCAACAUAACCACCAAGUUAAGAAGAAAAUGACCGAAGAGGAAUUCAUUCGGAACAAUAGAGGAAUCAACAAUGGAAAGGAUCUACCUAGAGAAUGUUUAUCCGAGCUUUUCCAAUCUAUUUCAACGAAUGCAAUCACAAUUUUCAGCCAAUCUGCUUUCUCAACUGACAUGAAUCCAAGCAAAUGGAUUGAACUCAUAAACCGAUCCAAACACAUUCAACCAUACACUCAAUGCGAGUAUGAUCGACGACUAGGACGAGACAUGUUUGCCAGCAUCGCAGGGCCAUCAGUUGCAGCCAUCUCAGCAAUCUUCGAGCAUUCAGACGAAGAAGAAAUCCUCCACGAAUGCAUUGAAGCUGUCUUCUCAAUAGGAAGGAUAGCUCAAUACAAACUAGAAGACACAUUAGAUGAACUCUUAUCAACGUUUUGUAAAUUCACAACACUUCUCAAUCCUUACGCAUCCGUCGACGAAACCCUCUACGGUUUCAGCCACGACACGAAACCAAGGAUGGCUACCCUUGCAGUCUUCACAAUCGCCAACAGUUUCGGAGACUCCAUACGAGGAAGUUGGAGAAACAUAAUUGAUUGUUUACUCAAACUAAAGAAACUCAAUCUACUCCCUCCGUCUGUUCUCGAUGUAGAUACCGAGAAUAAACCUGAAACACUCUCCCAACACGACUCGGGUCCUAACGAGGCUAAACCAGGCCAUAACCGACACACUUCGAGUCUAAUAGGUCGUUUCUCCCAAUUCAUGUCAAUCGAGAGCGUAGAAGAAAGCCUGCAGAUGGGUCUCGGGGAAUACGAACAGAAUCAGAAAGUCAUACAACAAUGCAGAAUUGGUUUCAUUUUCAGCAACAGCUCAGGUUUACCGGAAGAAGCCCUGUUAAACCUCGGUCGUUCCCUUAUAUUCUCUGCUGCCGGAAAAGGGAAGAAAUUCAGCACUCCCGUGGAGGAAGAAGAGACUGUUAUCUUCUGUUGGGAUGUUCUCCUUUUGAUCAUAUCAGCAAAUAUCCACAGAUUCGCAACAUUUUGGCCACAAUACCAUGAUUACCUUCUUGGAGUAGCACAAUUUCCUCUGUUCUCACCUCUCCCAUUUGCAGAGAAAGCUAUGAUAGUUUUAGUAAAGGUCUGUAUAAAACUCCUGUCGUCAUUCCAAGUCGACAAAUUCGCAGAAGAGCUCAUGUUCAGAUCGAUAAACCUAGUAUGGAAGCUAGACAAAGAAGUUCUAGAAUCAUCAUGUGAAUUCGUAACACAAUCAAUAAGUAGAAUCAUAACAGAAUACCCAGCAAAUCUACAAACAGGAAAUGGAUGGAAAACAGUUCUUCACUUACUAUCAAUAACAGGCAGAAACCCUAGCUGUUACGAACAAGGAGUCGAAGCCUUAAUAACCCUAAUGUCAGAUUCAACUCACGUCUCAAGAACAAACUACCCCUGCGUAAUCGACUGCGCAUUCAGUUUCAUCGCUCUCAAAAACACACCGCUAGACAAAAACAUAAAGAUAAUGGAUUUAAUGGCGGAAUCGGUGAAAUCAUUGAUAACCUGGUACAAAAGCGGCUAUUCAGAUCCUGGGUCUUCAUCAAGUAUGAGUAUGAUGAGCGUAUCUGGCACCGAUCCACUCAGUUCAUCAAAUUUCACAAUGACCCUGUUCAUAAAACUUGGAGAAGCAUUCAGAAAGACAAGUUUAGCAAGAAGAGAAGAGAUAAGAAACCACGCGAUAAUUUCACUUCAAAAGAGUUUCAGUUUAGCUGAGGAGUUAUAUUUCACGCCAUCAAAUUGCAUAAACUGUUUCAAUUUGAUAGUGUUUGCGAUGGUGGACGAUGUUCAUGAGAAGAUGAUUGAGUAUUCUAGAAGAGAGAAUGCGGAGAGAGAGAUGAGGAGUAUGGAAGGGACAUUGAGAUUAUCAAUGGAGUUAUUGAUUGAAGUGUUCUUACAAUUGUUGAAGCCAUUAACGGAAGGUGCAGGAUUUAGAACGUUUUGGUUGGGGAUCUUGAGAAGAAUGGAUACAUGUAUGAAAGCUGAUUUGGGACCUUAUGGAGUUACUACAGUUCAAGAGAUUGUACCUGAUUUGUUGAGGAAGAUGAUCUUGCAUAUGAAGAAGGAAGGGAUUUUGGUGCAGGGAGAUGGGGAUGAUGAUUUAUGGGAGAUUACUUAUAUACAAAUUCAAUGGAUUGCUCCUUCACUUAAAGAUGAGUUAUUUCCUGAUGAGUAUUAA